AUGCCACUCAUGAACCACCUCCCAACAGAAUUAACCCUCCAAAUCCUCUCCUCACUCUCCCCCCUCGACCUCUUCUCCCUUUCCCUAACGUCCCACGCCUACCACACUCUCGCAACCCACAACAUCCUCUGGGAACCCCUCUGCCGCACCCUCUGGUCCCGCAAACGCUACCUCCCCCACAUCCUGAUCGCACACGCCGAAACAAUCGAAAAGUGGAAAGAGGAGGAGGGAAAGUGGUUUUGGGCAUGGGGGGUGGUCUGGAAGGAGGCGGGGAGGUGUGAGGUGGGUGUGGGGGAUGUGGUGGAGAGCAGUCCGUGGAGGUUUCAGUUCACGAAUGGGUUGCCGAGUGCGACGUACCCGAUGUUUUUUGCGCAGCCAGAGGCAUCACCUUCACCAUCGUCUGCUGCGCCAGAGCUCGAAUCAGGCUCGUCACCACCCGCACCGGAUUCAUCCCCACCACCAGGCUCAUCAGGCUCUGGCUCCAGUUCUGGAUAUGACUCAGAUCCUCCCACCGGAAUCUACUCCCACCUCGACCUCCUCCCCGACCCCGACAACUUCUCCCUCGUUCCCCCCUCCCACAUCCGAAUCGGCUCCUACCCACUCCUCCACGUCUUCCGCAACAAAAUCACGUGGGCGUGGCAGAUUACGAAUCCGUUUGUGUUUUAUAUUGCAAUUUGGCAUCCCGGGUUUGAGAGGUGUUUGGGGUUGGCACGGGAGGGUGCGGGAGAGGGGGGAGAGGAGGGGAGUAGGCCGCCGGUGGAGUGGGUUGAGUUGAGGAGGAGGGUGUUGGGGAUCAGGACAGGGGGUGGGGAUCAGGAAGAACGGGAGGACGAUGAUUGUGGUCCUGGUGGGCGCUCGGGUGACAGAGGUGUACGGCGUCCGGGCGCGGGAAGGGGGUUGAUCACGGAUGCGAACGUGAAUGUCUGA